UAUUAUUUUCUUGUGUGCCUGGCCUCACUGGGGGCCUUCAAUGUGGAUGUGGCCUGGCCCUGGGUCACACCCACAGGAAGUUCACCUUUUGUACUCAGCUCCCUUCUGCACCGGGACCCCAGCACCAACCGGACCUGGCUCCUGGUUACCAGCCCUAGCAUCAACAAGACUUCAGUGCCCCUGCAUAGAUGUAGCCUCACCGAGGAUGAAUUAUCUUGUGAACCAGUAGAACACAUCCUCAUCCCAAAAGGGAGGCACUGGGGAGUGAUGGCUGUUCAGAACCACCACGGUAUUUUGAUAUGCAUUCAGGUUCAGGCCUGGCAUCCUGGCAGCCUCAACUCAGAGCUCACAGGUGCCUGCAGCCUGCUGGCUCCUGACCUCCACCUCCAGACCCAGGUCUAUUUCUCCAACCUUGAAAGUCUACUAUAUCCAGACACAUAUGUGGAUGUGGGUGACUGCAACAAGGACAAAGGAGGCAGCACAAGAGAUGAAGAGAACUCAUCCAGAAAACCGCGGGCUGUGGAGAUGGAAGAGGAUGAUGAUGAGGAAGCUGGCACUGAGAUUGCUAUUGUCUUGGAUGGCUCAGGAAGCAUUGACCCCUCAGACUUCAAAAUUGCCAAAGACUUCAUCUCCAGCAUGAUGAAGAACUUUUAUAUGAAGUGUUUUGAGUGCUACUUUGCCCUGGUACAGUAUGGGGAAGUGAUCCAAACUGAGUUUGACCUUCAAGAUGGACGGAAUGUCAUGGCCUCGCUUGACAAAGUUCAGAAUGUCAGUCAAGUGGGGAAUGUCACCAAGACUGCAUCAGCCAUGCAGCAUGUCCUAGACAACAUCUUCACACCAAGCCAUGGCUCCAGAAAAAAAGCAUCGAAGGUCAUGGUGGUGCUUACUGAUGGUGAUAUAUUUGGGGACCCUCUCAAUCUCACAACUGUCAUCAAUUCCCCAAAGAUGCAAGGUGUGGAGCGCUUUGCCAUUGGGGUGGGAAAUGCAUUUCAGAACGCUAAGACUGACAGGGAACUGAAGUUGAUCGCCUCUGACCCCAGUGAGACCCAUGUGUUCAAGGUGACCAACUACGCAGCUCUGGAUGGGCUGCUGAGCAAACUUCAGCGGAGUAUUAUUCACAUGGAAGGCACAGUUGGAGAAGACCUUCACUACCAGCUGGCACAGACUGGAUUCAGUGCCCAGAUCGUAGACAAGGGGCAGGUGCUGCUUGGCGCCGUGGGGGCCUUUAACUGGUCUGGAGGUGCGCUGCUGUACAACACUCACAGUCGCCGCGGCCGCUUCCUGAACCAGACAGCAGAGGGCGCAGGAGCUGCGCAUGUGCAGUACGGCUACUUGGGUUACUCGGUGGCAGUGCUACACAAGGUCUGUGGCAUCUCCUAUGUGGCAGGAGCGCCCCGGUACAAGCAUCGUGGGGCCGUGUUUGAGCUCCAGAAGAAGGGCAGAGAGGCCAACUUUGUGCUGAAGCUGGAAGGAGAGCAGAUGGGGUCCUACUUUGGCUCUGAGCUGUGCCCUGUGGAUAUUGACAUGGAUGGGACCACGGACUUCCUGCUGGUGGCUGCCCCAUUUUACCAUGUCCGUGGGGAAGAAGGCAGAGUCUAUGUGUACCGUCUGUAUGAGCAGAAUGGUUCCUUCUCCUUGGCACACAUGCUGAAUGGGCACCCUGGGCUCAUUAAUGCCCGCUUUGGAUUUGCCAUGGCAGCCGUGGGGGAUAUCAGUCAGGAUACAUUCACAGAUGUGGUCAUUGGGGCCCCUUUGGAGGGCUUCGGGACAGACGCCGGGACCAGCUUUGGCAGUGUGUACAUCUACAACGGACACUGGGAUGGCCUCUCUGCCAGCCCCUCACAGCGGAUCAGAGCCUCAGCUGUAGCCUCAGGACUCCACUACUUCGGCAUAUCCGUGGCUGGUGGUUCAGAUUUCAGUGGUGAUGGCCUUACUGACAUCACUGUGGGCACGCUGGGCCGGGCAGCUGUGUUCUGCUCACGACCUGUGGUUCGCCUGAAGGUAUCCAUGACUUUCACGCCCCCUGCACUGCCCAUGUACUUCAAUGGCACUGUGAAUGCUCGCUUGUGUUUUGAAGUCUCCUCAAGCACGGCCUUUUCUUCAACCUCAGGCCUCAGAGAAAUGUUGUUCAACUUCAUGGUGGAUGUGGAUGUGACGAAGCAAAGGAGGAGGCUGCAAUGUUCAGACACACGGGACUGUCUGAGACACCUUAGAGGAUGGAACAGCGGGUCCCAUCUAUGCAAGAACCUCUGGCUUGUCCCUACAGAUGGAGAACUCUGUGAGGAGGACUGCUUCUCCAACAUCACUGUCAAGGUCAGCUACCAGCUCCAGACGUCUGAGGAGAGGCAGGGACACCUCAACCCUAUCCUGGACCGCUACACUGAGCCUUCUUCUGUCUUCCAGCUGCCCUAUGAGAAGGCCUGCCAGAAUAAGCUGUUCUGCAUCGCUGAAGUCCAGUUGGCCACUACCAUCUCUCAGCAGGAACUGGUAGUGGGUGUCACAAAGGAGCUGGUCAUGAACAUCAGCCUGACUAACUCUGGGGAAGAUUCCUACCUGACAAGCAUGGCUCUGAACUACCCCAGGAACUUACAGUUUAAGAGCAUACAGAAGCCUCCCUCUCCAGACAUUCAGUGUGAUGACCCCAAGCCAGUCGCUUCUGUCUGGACCAUGAACUGCAAGAUUGGUCACCCCAUAUUCAAGAGGUCAUCUGCAAACAUCUCUGUAGUUUGGCAGCUAGAGGAGAAUCUCUUUCCAAAUAGGACAGCAGACAUCACUGUGGUCAUCUCCAAUUCCAAUGAAAGGUUUUUGGCCAAAGAGACCCACAUCCUUCGAUUCAAGCAUGCCUUCAUUGUAGUUCUUUCCAAACCAUCAGUGAUGUACAUGAACACAAGCCAGGGGCUGUCUGAGCAUAAAGUAUUCUUCUUCAAUGUACAUGGAGAAAAUCUCUUUGGUGCUGAAUUCCAGUUGCAAAUUUGUGUCCCAAUCAAGUUACAUGCGCUGCAGAUUAUAAGUGUGAAGAAUCUGACAAAGACUCAGGCUCACACCGUGUGCACCCAGAGGCAGGAGCGCGCUUGUGGGAGCGAGCGGGUCCAGAACGUGGAAGAAUGGCAUUCGGUGAGGUGUGCCGUCACGUCUAAUAAAGAAGCGGUAACUGUGGCUGCAGAGAUUUCCUUGGGUCACAAUAAGCAGUUACUAAGCGAUGUAACCGAAUUGCAGAUCCUUGGUGAAAUAUCUUUCAACAGAUCUCUCUAUGAGGGGCUGAAUGCAGAGAACCACAGAACUAAGAUCACGGUCAUCUUCCUGAAGGAUGAGGAAUCCGCCCCCUCUUUGCCACUCAUCAUCGGCAGCAGUGUUGGAGGCCUUGUGGUUUUGGUCGUGAUUGUAGCCAUCCUAUUCAAGUGUGGCUUUUUUAAAAGAAAAUAUCAACAGCUGAACCUGGAGAGCAUAAGGAGAGCCCAGCUGAAAGUGGACAAGCAACUUGAAGAAGAAAAUUAGGACCCUUCUCUUCAGCCAUGGUGGAAGAGUCCGCCAGUCAGCCCUAGCACCUCUAGAAACUUGGUGUCAUGCACUCCUUCUCCUAUGAUGAGUUGGAGGAGCACCAGACAAGUGGUGGGAUGUCGUUUUCACUAUACCUGCUCCCCAAAGUGUCUGCACUGUGCAAAAAAGGAAAAUUGAGACACAGUUGACAUUAAAUAAAGCUAAACUUUUCUUAACAA